AUGCCUCGACGCUCAGAACCUGAAGCGCCGCAGGGCCUCAACCACUCCUACUACAAUCCAGAGGAACCGCUCGAUAUCAACUCUCAAGAAUCUUCCUCAUCCCGCCGGUCAAAACCUGAAAAGAGUCGGCGAGACUCACCUCCCGGCGACGACAACAAAUCUCGACGCAGCAGCCAUCGUGAUCCUUCUCCAGGCCACAGCAACAUGCCUCGCGAGUAUCGAUCAAAUGACCCUUAUUAUGACAAACGUCCGCCCAGAGACGCGCCGAGGGACUCCCGGAGAGGCUCGCAAAGAGAUGCGCCGAGAAACUCUCACCACCGAGACGAUGACCGGCGCCCACGGGACUAUGACUACCCUCCGGAGCCACGUGAGCGCCGUCACAAGUCUUCAAAUCGAGAACCAUAUGGAGGACAAUAUUCACGUUAUCGAAACGCUUCCCCCGACCCCAGAUAUGGAUCUUCUCGGAACAUCCCAGCUGGUGAUCGUGAUCGUGACCGUUAUCCCUCUCAUCGAUCCCGCGGCGCCCCGGCUUAUGCAAGCGAUGAUGAGAGAGAUAGACGUCGAAACCAUGACCGACGCCGUGAUGAAGACCGUCGACGUGAUGAAGACCGACGACGUGACAAAGAUCGAAGCCAUGACAAAGAUCGAAGCCGUGACCAAGACCGAAGUCGCGACAAAGACCGACGCAGUGGCCGGGACCGUGCACCUGCUGAUGGCGGCCACCUGAAGCGCCGGAGCACAAACCCCGAAAGUUCAAGCAACCGAGCCAAAACUCCCCUUUGGAAGAAUCCUCAAGUUCAGGCUAUAGGUCAAACGGCCCUUCUAGCCGCGGCGCAAGCCUUCAUGCAGCAUCGCAAAGGUGAAGGUUCCUGGGUGGGCCCAAAGGGCGCCAAAGUGGUUGGUGCCGCUAUGAGUGCUGCUUUGGCCGAUGGAUUCAACUCUAAAAAGGACAAGAAGAGGAGAUGA